AUGCUUCUCCGCUCACAAAUGCUGCUGGCAGCAGCCGCGGCCCUGCUGUCAGCACUGCCUCUCGUGGCCGGCGCGCCUGAUGCGCCGGCGGCCUCGCCGACCAAGACGACGUCCAAGACGGCGACCAGCACGACGAUGACGCUGCCGUGCACGGCGUCGUCGACGAGCGGCGCGUUCUAUGACCUGCGGCCGGACAUUGCGGUGGCGCUGGCGCCGGGCGGCAAGGCCAAGACGGGCGUGCAGACGACCGACUACGCCGCCCGUGGCUACGACUACGGCGCCAACUUUACGCUCAACAUCUGUGCCCCGGUCGUCGAGCCUGUCUCGGGCGUCAUGGGCGUGGACAAGAACCUGUGGGCGAACGUGAGCGCGUACUACAAGGUCAAGGACGAGAUCUUUUCUCUCGGACAACAGUCGACCUUGCUGACGUCGCGUGGCCGCGAGCUCGUCCUCCAGUACUCGGGCGGAUCGCCGUGCCCCGACCUCAGCAACAAGUCCGGCAAGGGCCACGGCGCCGAGCGGAUGCGACGCGGCAGCACCGGCAGCACCGGCAGCACCGGCAGCACAUCGACAACCCGCCGCAAGUCGGCCACGUUUGCCUUCCUCUGCGACCGCGACCCGGUCGACAACCUGGCACACAUCUCAUACGUCGGCGCGGUGGACGAGUGCGCGUACUUCUUCAAGAUCCGGUCGCAGCACGCGUGCGCGGGCGCGGAGCCGCACAAGCCCGGUAGCGUCGGUCCCGGCGGCGUCUUUGCCAUCAUCUUGGGUGUCGCCCUGAUGGUCUACUUCAUCGGUGGCGUCGUCUACCAGCGGACGGUGGCCCAUGCGCGUGGCGCCCGCCAGCUGCCCAACUAUGCUCUCUGGGUCGGCAUCUGGACCUUCUUCCGGGACCUCUUUCUCAUCCUGACGUCGUCGUGCCUGCGCCUGCUGCCCUCCCGUCAGGGCUAUCGGACGCUCUCGACCUCGCCCAGCGGCCGCAGCCGCAGCCGGGAGGACGAGAACCGGCUGAUCGACCAGCUAGACGAGGAGUGGGACGAUUAG